AUGAGGGUAGGACGAGGUCUAUCUGCGGUCGCAGCCCUUUCGGGCCUGUCCGUAAGUCUUGCACAAAACUCAUCGUCCUCAGCUUCGGUCACCCCUCCUUUAUUGGCCGAUGGCUACAUUGAUCUCGGACCCGCGAGCGAUGCCUUUGAAAAGGCAAAGGCUUUCGUCGACAGCCUUACCAACGAGGAAAAGGCCAAGAUCAUUGUCGGCUCGAGCUUCACUGGCAACGUCUCGUGGACCCCUCUCGCCAGCAAGGAUGGAGUUCCUGGUAUCAACAUGGCUCUCUUUGUGUCCGGCUUCCCCAUGCCCAACGCUGCGACCAUGACAUGGAACCGCGACUUGUUCCAGCAGCAGUUCAAGGCCACUGGUGAGGAGUUCUACGACAUGGGUUACAACCUGAUCCAGGCCUUUGUCGCUAGUCCCCUCGGCCGUGACCCUUACGGUGGACGUGCCAAUGAGGGUUUCUCGCCUGACCCCUACUUGACCGGUAUUCUCUUCGGCAAGGGAGUCGAGGGAAUGAGCUCUGCUGGUGUUAUCCCCGUUGGACGUCACUACCUGCUCAACGAGCAGGAGACCAACAGAAUGGGAGGUGGCUACUCCUCCAACGCAGACGACAAGACCAUCCAAGAGGUCUACCUUUGGCCCUUUGCCGAUGCCGUCAAGGCGGGUCUGAUGGCCGUCAUGUGCGGCAUGAACAGGGUCAACGGCACCCUUGCCUGCGAGAACUCUGACAUUUUGAACGGCUACCUCAAGACGGACGCUGGCUUCCCCGGUCUGGUGCUGCCCGAUGUUGGGUCCCAGUCGACAUCGUACGGCUCUGCCAACUCUGGUCUCGAUUUGGGAUCCAGCCAGUACUGGAGCCAGACCACCAUUCUCGACGGUAUCGAGAGCGGCGAGCUAUCGCAGGGCCGUCUCGAUGACAUGGCUAUCCGCAACGUCAUUGGUUACUACUACGCCGGUCUCGAUGCCGGCAGCCAGCCCAAGCAGCCAUCGGCGACCGAGAUGCGCGACGUGCGUGGCAACCACUCUGACAUUAUUCGCCAGGUUGCCAACGAGGCCAUCAUUCUCCUCAAGAAUGACAAUGAGAAUGGUCGUGGUCUACCCCUAAACAAGCCGCGAACCAUCUCCCUCUACGGUUCCCACGCUGGUCCCUGCAUGGCUGGCCCCAACCAGCAGUUCUCGGUUGCCGGUACACCCGCUGACACCUACGCUGGUCAUCUCGCAACUGGUGGCGGUUCUGGACAAGCAUCUUUCCCCUACCUCUUGACGCCUUUCGAGGUCCUCAACGUGCGUGCCUCUCAAGAGGGCUCCAUGCUCUGGUGGAUCUUGAACAACACCUACACUGCCCCCGAGUUCUCUGGCUUCCCCGGAGGCGGCGGCGGCGGCGGCGGCAAUGGCUCUUUCCCAGGCGGCGGUGGUGAUGGAGGCGGCUUCCCCGGUGGCGGUGGCGGUGGUGGUGACUUCCCCGGCAACGGUACCAACCCAUACGGUAAUGGAUCUUUCCCAGGAGGUGGCGGUGGCGGCGGCGGCGGCGGCGGCGGUUUCCCUGGAGGCGGAGGCGGUGGUUUCGGUUUCGGAGGCACUGGCUCGACCCCCUCGUUUGUUGCCUACUCUGCCAACUCGGAAGUCUGUAUCGUCUUUAUCAACUCGGCUUCGGGAGAGGGUGCGGAUCGCACGGAACUGGCCAACGCGGAGCAGGACCUCAUGGUGAGCACGAUUGCAGACAACUGCAACAACACGGUCGUGGUGGGCAACUUUGCCGGACCCCGGGUGCUCGAUGCCUGGGCCACCCACCCCAACGUCUCGGCCAUCCUGUACUCGGGUCUCUUGGGCCAGAACAGUGGACAGGCCAUCUCGGACGUGUUGCACGGCGACGUGAACCCCAGCGGCAAACUUACCCACACCAUUGCCAAGCAGGCCGAGGACUACCCGACACCGACGUGCAUGGAGACCGAGUGCGACUUUGACGAGGGGGUCUUUAUCGACUACCGCUGGUUCCAGUCCAACGACGAUCUGGUGCGCUACCCCUUCGGCCACGGUCUGAGCUACACAACAUUUAGCUACGGCGACGUGACUGUGUCUGUGACGGACCAAGACGCCCUUGACUCGCGCUACUCGACGGGUACCCCGACUCUUGGUGGCUACAGCGACAUGUACGACGAGGUGCUGACAGUGAGCACGACGAUUGAGAACACGGGCGGCGUCGACGGCUCCGAGGUUGCGCAGCUGUACAUCACGUUCCCCGAUGAGGCCGAGGAGCCCGCGCGCGUCCUGCGCGGCUUUGAAAAGGUUGCCAUCGCCGCCGGUGAGACAGCCGACGUCACCAUCAGUGUCCGCCGCCGUGAUGUCAGCUACUGGGAUACCGUCGCGCAGAAGUGGGCCAUUGCCACCGGCGAGUACACUCUCGCUGUUGGCUCGUCGAGCGUCGAUAUCAGAGGCUCAACGACCUUGACCAUUUAG